UGACCCAUUCGAUGGCACACGCCGGCAUUGGCUGAUAACGAUGGGGUCCGAUACGCCCUUCUCGCGUCAUUACUGGAAGACCCACGAUUUUGUAAUGUGGCAGAGCAGCUUUAUGGCGAGGAUGUCUUCGGUAUCGCCUCUGACAUCAACCGUUACGUCGGGGAUACGCGCUGGCAUCCCGACACAGGUAGCCUGGAUCAAUACGGCAUCAAGUUUGCCUACUAUCUGCAACCGGUGACUGCGGAGAGCGGCGCGUUGCGGUUGAUACCGGGUUCGCACGAGCCAUCUUUUCACGGAGAACUACGGCAAAAGAUGAAUGAGUUGGAACUCGAAAUCCCUGAUGUCCCCGCCUACAUCUUUGAAUCGGAGCCGGGGGACGUGGUGCUUUCGACGUACGAUGCUGGCAUGCGAGUUGGGGUGGUGCGGUUGAUCGUCGGAUAUAGACAGAUGCACGCUAUUUGUAUUCAUGAGCACGGUGGACCAGAGGCACUCCGUUACGAAGAGGUUGCCAUCAGUGAGCCCGGUGCGGGUGAAGCACGGGUACGCAUUGAAGCAGCGGGAUUGAACUAUAUCGACGUUUACCACCGCACGGGACUCUAUCCGAGUACCAACAUACCCUUCACGCCGGGAAUGGAAGGUGCGGGUGUGGUCGAGGCAGUUGGGUCCGGCGUUACUGAGGUCAAUGUGGGAGAUCGCGUCGCCUAUGCGAUGCACCAAGGUUCCUACACCGAGGUGGCAAUCGUGCCGUCUGGGCUGCUUGUCCCUUUACCCGAUUCGAUUGAUACACAGUCGGCAGCAGCGGCGAUGCUACAAGGUAUGACAGCCCAUUAUCUGACCCGCAGCACCUACCCACUCAGUACAGGCGACACAGCACUGAUUCAUGCAGCCGCCGGUGGAGUCGGCUGGUUGCUCAUUCAGAUGGCGAAAACGUUGGGAGCGCGUGUAUUGGGCACAGUGUCCACACCGGAGAAAGCGGAACUUGCUAAGGGCGCUGGAGCUGAUGAAGUAAUCCUCUAUACACAGACCGACUUUGAAGCCGAAGUUAAACGCUUAACCGAUGGGGGUGGGGUUGAUGUGGUCUACGAUUCAGUCGCCAAGACCACCUUUGAUAAGAGUCUCAACUGUCUUCGCCCCCGCGGUUAUCUAGUGCACUGUUGGCAGUCGAGCGCGUGCCGCCACGUGCUCUGA